AUGGUGCGUGGUAGUACAGAAGUAAGAUCUGAGGAGCCCCUCAUAUUGUCUGAACUGGCAUGGUUUGCACACUUUUUUCAUUUUGUUAUCACUACUGAAGAUGUUUUGUCCAUAUGCAGCGGACCCCACAAAAAAGUCAGACCCACCAAAAAGUCGGACCCUAAGGCUCAGGCCUUGAAAACCGCCAAGGCUGUGAAAUCAGGUUCAUCAACCUUCAAGAAGAAGGCCAAGAAGAUACGUACUAAAGUUACAUUUUACCGACCAAAGACAUUGAAGAAGGAUAGGAAUCCCAAGUACCCUCGCAUUAGUGCACCCCCAAGAAACAAGCUUGAUCAGUACCAGAUCCUAAAGUAUCCUCUCACUACUGAAUCGGCAAUGAAGAAGAUUGAAGACAACAACACCCUUGUUUUCAUUGUUGACAUCCGUGCUGACAAAAAGAAGAUAAAGGAUGCAGUCAAGAAGAUGUAUGACAUUCAGACCAAGAAAGUCAAUACCUUAAUCAGGCCUGAUGGGACUAAAAAAGCUUAUGUUAGGUUGACUCCUGAUUACGAUGCUUUGGAUGUGGCAAACAAAAUUGGGAUAAUUUAA